AUGGGCGGCCCGUGCGUGUGUGUGCGCGGGCGUGUCCCCGGCCGCGCCGCUCAGCCAAUCAGCGCCGCGUGCGUGCGCGGGGCGCGGCCGGGGCGGCGCCGCGGCGGGAGCGGAACGGGAGCGCGGAGCGGGAGCGGAGCGGAGAUGGAGCGGCGGAGCGGGCUCGGGCUGGCGGCCCUGGGCGCUCUGGGCCGGCGGCUGCUCUGGGCGCUGCCCGCUUACGCCGCGGGGCUGCUGGGGCUCGGUGCGGGCGCCGUGGUGCUCGCCCUGGCGCUCUACGCGGGCUGGCGGCGGCGGCGGCGCGCCCGGGAGCGCGGGAUGCGCGCGGCCGAGCGCCUGCACCGUGAGGAAGAGGCGGCGGUGCGCGCCGCCGCCCGCGGGGAGCUGCCGGCCUGGGUCAGCUUCCCGGAUGUGGAGCGGGCGGAAUGGCUCAACAAGGUCCUGGCGCAGGCCUGGCCGUUCCUGGGCCAGUAUCUCGAGAAGCUCCUCACGGACUCGGUGGCCCCGGCCAUCCGUGCCUCCAGCCCCCACCUGCAGAGCUUCACCUUCACCAGGGUGGACCUGGGACAGAAGCCCCUCCGUGUGCUGGGGGUCCAAGCCCACCCUGGAACCCACAAGAAGCAAAUCCUGCUGGACCUCAACAUCAGUUACGUGGGCGACGUCCAGAUCGACGUGGAGGUGAAGAAAUUCUUCUGCAAGGCGGGGGUGAAGGGGAUGCAGCUCCACGGGGUGCUCAGGAUCAUCCUGGAGCCGCUGCUGGGGGAUGUGCCCAUCGUGGGGGCGCUCAGCAUGUUCUUCAUCCGCCGCCCGACGCUGGACAUCAACUGGACAGGAAUGACCAACCUGCUGGACAUCCCGGGGCUCAGCUCCAUGUCGGACUCGAUGAUCAUGGACAGCAUCGCCUCCUACCUGGUGCUGCCCAACCGGCUCCUGGUGCCGCUGCUGCCCGACCUGCCCGAGGCUGCGCGGCUGCGCUGGCCCCUGCCCCGGGGCGUGCUGCGGGUGUCGCUGGUGGCCGCGCGCGCGCUCCGCUCCAAGGAUCGCUUCCUGGGCGGGCUCGUCCAGGGCCGCUCGGACCCGUACGCGCUGCUCAGGGUGGGGACACAGGCGGCGACGAGCCGGGUGAUCGGGGACAGCCUGGAGCCCGUGUGGGACGAGAUGUACGAGUUCAUGGUGCACGAGGUGCCGGGGCAGGAGCUGGAGGUGGAGCUCUACGACAAAGACCCCGACAAGGACGAUCUGCUGGGCAGGAUGAAGCUGGACCUCGGGGAGGUGCUCAGAGCUCGGGUGAUGGACGAGUGGUUCCCUCUGCAGGACGGGGGCCAGGGCCGGCUCCACCUGCGCCUGGAAUGGCUCUCGCUGCUCUCUGACUCCUCCAAG